AUGGCGCCGAUCGGAAGCGAAAGCUGGACGAGCUGUCGCAGCAAGUUAAGGAACUCCAAGAACACCGGGGGGAGACUGACCAACGCCUCAACAAGCUGGAACGAACUACAGGCAGAGCGGGAGACGGCCUACAGACACCUUCGUGUGGAGGGGUCUGUGGCUCUUGCUGACCUGUUUCAACGGGUGGAGGCGGGGACGCCCCCCCGUAGCCAGCUGCGCUCCUCCGCCGCCACCGCCUUGGUGGAGGAAGUGUCAGCUACCUUGGCCCGCGCCCAGGACGAGACGGAGCUGCAGCGACUCGCAGGCGACCUCAGUAAAAGUAAACGGGGCGUGCCCACCUACCAAGCCCGAGUCGCGGCAGGGGAGGCUUUUGCCCCCCUGGCCGACUUGGGUCUGCUGGAGUGGGUACAGCCAGCGGGACGUGGUUGGAACCUGCGGCUGCAGAACGGGGAGUCAAGCAGACUUCUGUUCGAAGGAGUGCGCAAGGAACUCAACUGGGUCCUCUUCGUCCUGGGAAAGACAGGGGACGGUAACACCCUGAGUUGCGUACAGCUCUUCCCGGAUCGAGGCCCUGCUACGAGGCGACAUGAGAAAGGAAGGAAGGGUGGAGGGAAAAACAAGGGGGCCAAAGGAGGCAAGGGAAAAGGGAAAGCGGACAAUGGCGGGGGACGUGGGGGCGGUGGCGGCGGCGACCAGUCCUCGGCCGCCGCGCCCAAUGUCGUGGUACACCCGGAGACGCUGAACAGUGAAGGGGCUACCUCCGGCGCGAACUUCUUCUUCUAG